AUGGCCGUCGACACCAUCAACGGCAAGCCCACGUCGUCUGACGGAGCUGAUAAACAUACCGCUGCCAUGAACACAAACACAAUGCGCUCGUCGCGGGCUCGCCGGAAGCCACAAAGCGGCAGCUACACGAGCUGGAUGGUCAACAAGGGCUUCAAGCUCGCAAUCUGGUACUCACUCAUCACCGUGUUGUUCAGAUGUCCUGCUGUCGACCAGCUCACCGACGACUCACCGCGCGUGUGCAAGCCGUAUUUCCAGGUCAAGGACUACAUCACGCCAUAUGCCGAGCCUUACUACAAUCAGUACCUCUCCCCUUACGUCCAGCRGGCACAGCCAUACUACGACAGCCUGCACCAGAACGUCUAUACCCCUGGACAAGCUCUGUACGCAAAGCAUGGCGCACCACGAGUCGCAGAUGCACAACAGCUUAGUCAAAAGCAGUGGGAGAAGACCAUCAAGCCACAGCUUGACGCCCUGCAGAACCAAGCUGGCGAGAAAUACCAGUCUGUUCUUGCUCCACACGUUCAAAAGGCCACGGACGUUGUUCAGCCAUACUACGACUCCGCCAAGACUUCUGUUGGUGAUAUCUGGCRGUUGGAGCUUGAGCCCGUCUACCGCCGAACCUCGCCAUACGUCCAGAAGCUCUACGUCCAGGGACAGGACUUUGCCGUCAAGACUGCCCUGCCUCAAGCGCAGUUCGUUGGAAACACCGCUUGGGUGUUUUGGACGCGCCAGAUCUGGCCAAAGCUGAGGAUCCUCUACGGAGAGAAUGUCGAGCCACAGCUGAUGCGCAUCACGGAGCGCCUCGGUCGCUACAAGGAUGGCAAGAAACUUGAAGCCGGCAUCGCAAGCAUGGAGAGCUCGUCAAAGCUUGCCGAAGCUUCUGCCAGUGCAGAGUCAGUGGCAUCAUCAUUGGUGUCGACUGCAAGCAAGGUCUCCGCCAGCCCAUCUUCGGCCUCGAGCAGCGUUAUUUCCGCUUCGUCCACCCCGCAACCCAAGGAAGAUCCAUCUACACACUUCCACGAAGACUUGAAGAGCUGGAAACAACUCUCUGCAAAGGCGGUAGAAGAGGGUUCCGAGGAUCUGUCGGAACGCAUCAAGGAUAUCACAGCGCACCAAGUCAGCAGUGCAGGCAAAGUUGGCGAUGCUCUCGUCACGCAGCUGGAGCAGACAACAGAGACUGCCAUCAAGACUGUCAGGGCGUACAUUCAGUCCACCGUGAACGAUAUCCCCGAGGACGCAUCCAACGAACGACUUGAGACCGCCAACUCGGAUCUUGUCUCGGCGGUUCGCGCUGCCGGACAGACUGUCAAGGCGYGYGCUCAGGCCGUUCGCGAAUGGCGACAAAAAUCCGAUGCCGAGACCACUCUGCUCGUCGAAAAGGCUCUUCAGUCCACCCUUGAGACUAUCGACGGAAUCAGAGAGCUUCGUCUGGGCGAAAUUGGCCGCAAGUAUGCGUCGUCUUCGCUCCCACAUAAGGAGUGGAGUAAGUACAACGACCUCAAGAAGUCCAAGCCUGUCUGGCGGGACGACGUGGAGAAAUCCGCUCAUGGUCACCCCGGGCUUGCACAAGCCAAGGCCGCCGCCCAAGACAUUGAGCAUACUGCCAUGGCUGUUGCCGAGGACGCUGCAAAAGAGCUAGGUCGCUUGAGGGACGUGGGCAAGUGGAAGAUUGCUGCCGCUGACGGUAGWGAUGAUUUCGAGACAAAGACAAUCCCCGCGCCUGUGCGAAAGAUCAAGGAUCAAAUCGUCGAGAAGGUUGCUCAAGCCUCCGAGGCAGUCGUUGGCAGUGAACAGGGCACCGUCGAGAGUGCUACAUCUGCUGCCGCGGAGAAGGCAUCAGGAUAUGCAUCAAGCGCAAGCGAGGCAGUGAUUGGCUCCUCAACUGGAUCCGCUGAGAGUCUGGCCAGCGAGGCAGCCUCAGCAGCCUCCAGCGCUUCCAAGAUUAUUGUUGGAUCAUCGACUGGAUCUGCUGAAAAGGCUGCGUCCCAAGUCUCUAGCUCUGUGGGGAGCGCUGCCAGUCAGGCAUCACUCUCCGCCUCAAGCGUGGCUUCUGUCAUCUCCGACGGUGUUGUUGGAUCUUCAACCGGAUCUGUUGAGAGCGUGUCAAGCCAAGCAGCAAAGUCUGCCGAAAGCGCCGCCUCUGUUGUCUCACAGAAAGCCGAGCAGGCAACCCAGUCUGCCAAGGGUGCAGCUUCCAUCGCAUCUGAGAGCGUCGUURGCACAGAAUCCGGCGCCUCCGACACGGCCACGGAUGCCGCUUCAGCUAUUUCCAGUGCCGUCCUGGGAACACCCUCCGKAGUCUACGAUUCUGCUACCGAAGCAGCGUCCUCCGCAUCGAGUGCCAUCAUCGGAGAAGACCGCCCAUUGAAAGAUGCCAUCCAAAAGGACCUUGACGAGAACCUUGAGAGCAUUCUUGCAAGAAGAGAUAAGAAAAAGGCACUAUUUGCUGCAGCUGAGGCCAGCCAAAAGGCCCGCGAGGCUGCGAGUCAAGCCACCGAGAGUGCAUCCUCUAUUGUGGAUCCUCCAGCAGCCAGCCAGGCUUCCUCCAGCAUCUCCUCCGUCGUGAGCAAGAUCUCAGCUGGUGCUUCCUCGGUUGUCGACCCACCUCAAGCCAGCCAUGGCUCUUCAAGCGUGUCCUCGGUUGUGAGCAAGAUGUCGGAGAGCGCCUCUUCGGUCGUGGAGCCCCCUGUUGCCAGCCAGGCCUCGUCUAGCGCGUCUUCUAUCGUGAGUGGGGCAGCUUCGUCUCCCAAAAAGGUCUACGGCGGUGCUAUGGCACAGGUUCUGGUCGAGGCCCGCGAGCCCAUACUCGACGACGACAUUGUCGACAGUGGUGCGAGCUACUCGGAGCGCAUUCAAUCGAUGGCAAACGAUGCUGGAGACUAUGCAUCACAACUCACACAGGCCGUGCAAGACGCUCUCAAGGGCGCCACCUCUACUCAAGKUAGCGUUGAGUCGGUCACCAGCUUGGCUAGUGAACAAUACCAGAGUGCCAUCGCUGCGGCAAGCAUUGCACUCUAUGGAUCUCAACCAAACGCUGUGGCAAAGGGAACCAGCGCCGCUCACGAGCAGUACCUAUCUGCUGUGACUGCAGCAUCCUAUGCAAUCUAUGGAACACCGGCAACUGCUGCUCCGUUUGCAGCCGCUACAUCCUACUACAGCAGCGCCGUGGCUGAAGCUGGAAAGCAUUACGAACAAGCCAUGAGCCGCGUGUCCGCCCAGAUCUCCGGCACACCAUCUCCUGUCCACCAGCAAAUGUUUGCCUCUGUGGAGUCUGCAUACUUUGCUGCUGUCCAAGCUGCGAAUGGCCGUCUCUCCACAGCUUUUGCACCAAAGACCCAGGACACAUACGCCAGUAUCUCGUCCGUGGCAGCAUCCCGCCUGUCCGAGGGCCUCAGCGCCGCUUCAGCUCAAUACCAGAGUGCCAAGAUCGCAGUCGGUGCCGAGCCAACCCCAGUACACCAGCAGUAUCUUGCGUCUGCACAGCAGGCGUACUACCAAGCCCUGGGCGUCGCACAUGGACGUUAUUCGGAGUUUUUGACGGCCGCAUCCAGUGUUGUGGGCCCAACACCCACCCCAACCGGCAUCGACAGUGCUCUUGGACAGGCGCGUAGUGCCUACAGUGCUUACCUUGAAGAAGCCUCAUCCAAGUACUCGGCGAUGAGCGAGGCGGCAGUUGGUGUCGCCGCCGCACAAUCCACAGAUGCGGGAUCCACUCUUCAGAGCUUAAAGGAGCAGCUGGCUGAUGCCGCAGAUGUCGCUCAAAGCAAGCUUUCCGAGGCCAGCGCGUCGGUCAGCUCUGCCUUCUCAGCCCAAACGACGGAGCAGCCCAUUGCCGAGAGUGUCGCUUCUCGUGCUUCGGAGAACUGGGAUGCACUAAUCUCCAAGGCCAGCGAGCAGGUAUAUGGUGCCCCGCUUCCCUUCACCCAGUCCGCAUACACUCGUGCCAGCGAACUCACAAGCCAGGCCACCGAAGCAGCAGCAGCUCAGUGGGAGUCCGUCUCUGCCUUGCUCUCUGAGUUGAUUGUUGGCAAGGAGCCAGACUUUACCGAGAGUGUUUACAGCAGGUUCCAGUCCGCGUACGCCACCGGUGCACCCGCUUUGGUGUCGAGUGCUUCCAGCAUUGCCAAUGCUGGUGCAUCUAGCGCUUCGAGCUAUGCGAGUGAGGCAUACGAGUCUGUUGCGAGUGUUGUCCAGGCUGUGWUUGWUCCACCGACGGAGGUUCCUGGCAUCUUGGAGCAAGUCACCGAGCAGUUGAAUGCCGCGGUCGCUGCUGCUUCCGAGCAGGCAUACGGCACUACCAAGGGCUCUUACGAGCAAGCGACGUCUGCAGCAGCAAGCGCGUACAGCGAAGCGGCCGAAUCCGUCAGCUCAGCCAUUUACGGAAGCGAGAGUGGUUACGUGGAGCUGGCACAGUCAAGCUUCGGUGCUGUCGGUGCCAGUGCUUCCGCCGCCAUUUCCGCGGCGAUUUAUGGAUCUCCCACGCCGACCAUCGCCGCCGCAUCUUCCGCGGCUGCCAGCGUCUACUCGUCCAUUUCCUCCCAAGCCGCCGAGCAGGCCGCGGCUGCGUCUGCAUCGGUCAGUGCAGCCAUCUACGGGGAAGAACAGACGUAUCUGGAGGGUGUUCAGAGCCAGAUUGCCGCUGCCGUAGCAUCUGCGAACAGCAAGCUGAGCGAGUUGGGAGUUCAAGCGGGAGAUCUCGGAGCCCAAGCCACUUCUGUUGUGGGCAGUGUUGCUGAGCAAGCUGCCAGCAGCGCCAGCUCUGCAGCGAGCAGUGUCAGCUCCGUUGUUUCCGAUGCCACGGAUAGGGUGAGGGAUGAGCUUUAG